AUGGUGACAGAGGGUAUUGUUUUAGGAGUUUCCUUGGUCAAAGGUGUGAGAAGUUUCCUUGGUCACUCAGGUUUUUAUAGACGCUUCAUAAAAGAUUUUUCAAAGAUUGCAAAACCUUUAUGCAAAUUGUUGGUAAAGGAACAAGAGUCUGUGUUUACUGAUGAAUGCCUGCAUGCAUUUAACAUUUUGAUAGAAAAAUUGAUCACCACACCAAUAAUCAUGGCACUUGAUUUUUCACUACCUUUUGAGCUGAUGUGUGAUGCAAGUGAUUAUGCUGUGGGAGUGGUACUAGGCCAAAGAAAAGCCAAAUUAUUGCAUGUCAUUUACUAUGCCAGUAAAAUUCUUAAUGAUGCACAGAAGAAUUAUGCUACUACUGAAAAGGAAUUAUUGGCUAUUGUGUAUGCAUUUGACAAAUUUAGGUCAUAUCUGCUAGGAUCAAAGGUGAUUGUUUACACUGACCAUGCAGCUUUAAAGUAUUUGUUAACUAAGCAGGAUGCUAAGCCCAGGUGUUCAGAUGGGGUAAUUAGAAGAUGUAUUCCAGAGGAGGAACAACAAGAUGUCUUAUGGCACUCUCAUGGUUCAGCCUAUGGUGGACACUUUGUAGGUGAAAGAACUGCAGCAAAAGUUUUGAUGAGUGGUUUCUAUUGGCCAACAUUGUACAAGGAUGCAAAGAAGUAUGUGGAAGCAUGUGACAACUGCCAAAGAACUGGUAAUAUAUCCAGGAGACAUGAAAUGCCAUUGAACAAUAUACUGGAGGUGGAAAUCUUUGAUGUUUGGGGUAUGGAUUUCAUGGGACCCUUUCCCUCUUCUUACUCCAAUAAGUAUAUCCUGGUGGCAGUGGAUUAUGUAUCAAAAUGGGUUAAAGACAUAGCUACACAAACUAAUGACUCUCGGGUUGUGAUCACUUUUCUGAAAAAAGAAUAUCUUUGUGAGAUUCGGAGUCCCGAGAGCCUUAACCAGUGA